CAAUGAUACUUCCCCCUCUAACAUACAAACGAGAUUCAUCUGCAUGUACUAUUCCGAGUGGCUAUCGAUCUCACGAUGCUAGACAGAUUACCCCUCGAACUACUGCACAUGGUGCUGGAUCAUGUGACCCGAAGGGAUCUCAAAAAUCUCUGUGAAGUCUCCAAGAACAUCUAUGUAAAGAUGGUUCCUUGUCUAUAUGAAUCACUAGUCAUAAAAGCAACGUACCCAUCAGCUCAGUCCGUGAACGACGCAAUCACGAGGUCAAAUCACUCGCAGUUGGUGCAUACAAAGCACCUCAGGCUGUGGGGUUCAUAUCAUGAGAUAGAAGCCUAUCAAUUCUGUUCUUUGCAUGAUUUCUUGGAUGGCAGGCUUCAAGCUACCGGUGAUGUUGAUGGACCCAUGUCAAAAAUAAUACUGUGCGGAGAUCAGCAGACCACUACGUUUGACUGCAUUCCUAUCAUGACACACAACAUGUAUCGCAUGGUAUCAGGAAUCCCUCAGGGUCAACUUCAAAGCUUCCAGUGGGAUCUAAAAACAUGUUUUUCCGACGAAGUGGUUCUCCUCAUCAACAGGAUUUUAGAAACCCAAGAGAAACUUACGACAAUUUCUCUCCUCACAGAUGGUGACUGCAUUGUAACCAGAAUCAGACAUGCAUCAUGCGCCAUAAAUCUUGCUCAGCUUUCUGAGCUCCAACACCUAUCCUGGAGAGGUCUUAAGCGAUAUGUUGACUUUGAGUCGGUUAGACAGUUUAUCGCUGCUCACGGUGCUCAAUUGAAGACACUGCACCUCGACCUUAUCGGCUGGGACACCGCUAGAUUGGCCUGGAGACAAGUUUUCCGAAAAAUGGUCGAUAAACAUGCAAUAUUGCCACAGAACUUCUUUGCGCAAUGCGUGCUUGGUCUUCCACUUGAAGAAAAACCAUAUACCCUUCUCACGGCUCUUCAACGCUUGACUCUCUCCCAAGUAUCCUUCAUCCCCAUGGAAGUCCAGUUGACCGGUGCUCUUAACGUAGGGCAACUUCAAGCGUUGCAACUCAUCAACUGCCCCGGUACAUUCCGCUUCCUUCGACAGAUCGUCCACUCAGGCAUGCCACUUAAGCUGAAAUUGCUCGAACUGACAUUCAACCCGGAAAAGCUAAAUCAAAUUACCGACGAGUCGCAGGACAACAUCACCGAAACCGUGAAAGCCUUCCUCGAGGCCUUCUCCGGCUUGAUAGAUCUCUAUCUUAUGCUUCCAACUGUCUCCUGGGACGGCAUGUGUCAAAGCAUGUUGCAUCACAAGUCCACACUGAGGCGCCUCAUCACACACGGCCUCUGGAGAACAGAAGUCGGCUUCCAGCAAGAUGGAGAUUUGUUUGGGUCGCCUGAAUUUCGACCCCGCAUAUCCCACGAUCCAGGGUUGGAAUUUUUGGGAAUUUCGGCAAGUAUCAACGAGAUGUGUACAAUUACGGGCGAUCACGGACUCAGCCCCACUAUCGAAGUUCUUCAUAUCAGAGCAAGUGGACCCAUGUUACGCGAACGCAUACCAGAUAAUUCAGUAGCCUAUGUUUUGCCUUCUUAUGCCGAAUGGGCUUUUGGGCGGGAAGGGUACUUGCACCUGCAGGUUUUGGCUUACGGGGAUUUCUCCCACAACGGAUGUUAUAACGACUAUAAUCUUCUUUGGUAUAGAACAGGUCGUUAUGGGUUCAAGGUAUUAAAACCUUCUGAUGCGAAGUUUUGGGACCUGGUACAGGAGUACAAGGAUGUGUUAGGGGCUUGUGCUUUCGAUGAGUUGUUUCUUGAAAGGGGAAUACCUCGAUGAUUGCUAGCAUUUACUCCUCUGAUAGUGUCGUCAUUCAUAUCAUGCAGAAUGGCUCGGGACACACUUUUGUGCUUACCCUACGCUCUGGGCAGCUCAGUCAGUGGCUCGAUUUUUAUAGAGAUGC